AUGUCUAAUAUAAUCUCUUCCACGUUCGCCCCCAGCCUUUCCCGCCGGGACACAAAGUCCAGCAUUAGCUAUGACAAUGCGGCGGGGCCUAUCCCACCCCCAUUAACGAGUGGCAGCGGCUCCUUUGGGCCGCAGAGUGCGGCGGCAAUUUACCAACACAUCCAUGAUAUGGCGGCAAAACGGAUCUCGACGCUGGGAUACCUGCGCAAGACCCACGAGAGUCAGAUAUACUGGUUCAACACGGUGCAUUUUUCCUGCAAUGACCUCGGUCGGCUGCCGUAUUUUGAACCGCGCAAGUUGGCCCGUCGUGCAAUCAACUUCCUCCUUCUCGGCCUCUCUCUCCCCCCGAUCCUGGAUGUCAGCACCACCCCGGUCGAAUACCUCCGAGCACUUAACACCCUGUUGAACGAAUUCGAGGCCUUCCAACAGGUACACCCCCCGGACGGGACGUCGUCUUCGACGCUCACCAGGGCACGCAUACCACAAAUGUUCAAACGAGCCGCGCAUGCUGGGACGAAAGCGAGGAGAGCUAGUUCGGCCACCGAGAUCGGCUUGCCCAUGCAGUCCAGUGAUCCCUCCGACUUAAAGGCCAUGGCGGGGAACUCUGCUGGCGCUGCGACCAUCUCCUUCCCACACACAGAGGCCUCGGAACUCCUUCCGGGCGAGGAAUAUUCUUAUCUCCUGACGCCCCUGUUACCAUUCGAGCCCGACUAUUUUAAAACCUUCAUCACGCUGUGCGACGUCCUAAUAGAUUGUUACACACGCCUUGUAUCGCUGGUCUUUACCCCUUCGCUGUGCACGGUGGCUCUGGGGGAGAUGUUUUCUAAGGCAGAUGCUAAGAUCAGAAAGAUUAUGGUGGCGGGGAUCAUACGCGAGUUCGAAGAUGCGAGUCGCUAUUAUGCGAAAAAUGAAAUCGCUGGGGUCAGCCGCGUGGUCCUUGGCGGCCUCAUGGGCUGAAUGAACAUAUCGACGGUGGUCUUGGCUUAGGAUUAGGUGGUACGUGCUUGGCCUAGGAGUCGUGUCUGCAGUAUAAAUUUCGCCGCUUGCCGCACCAGCCUUGUAAGCCCAACGCCGAGGAUCCUAUGAGGACCCAGCACGUGAUCGGCCACGUGCUCUGGCUACAUAAGGUAGUCAUGUUGCUAUUAUUGUGUAUUACCCCGCCACUAUUGCUCUGUAGUCAAUCUUCCCCAGACUUGGUUAUUUUAAUGUAUUUUUAAUGAAUUAGACUGAUUUCUUUUGUCAAUAUUCAUCUGGC